AUUAUGAUUUCCACGUCUUCUCUUCUUCUUCUUAUUCUCUCUCUCUCUUUCUCUCUCUCUCUCUCUUAUGUUGUGCAUAUGUACAAAAUAAUGGACAAAAAACCAUGCAACCCAUCAUCUCAUGAUCCUGAAGUGAGAAAGGGACCAUGGACCAUGGAAGAAGACUUGAUCUUGAUCAACUAUAUUGCAAAUCAUGGUGAAGGUGUUUGGAACUCUCUAGCCAAAGCUUCUGGUCUUAAAAGAACUGGAAAAAGUUGUCGACUUCGUUGGCUAAACUACCUUCGUCCUGAUGUUAGAAGAGGGAACAUUACAACAGAAGAACAGCUUUUGAUCUUUGAGCUUCAUGCAAAGUGGGGUAAUAGGUGGUCCAAAAUUGCAAAGCAUCUUCCAGGAAGAACUGACAAUGAGAUUAAGAACUUUUGGAGAACCAGAAUCCAGAAGCACAUGAAGCAAACUGAGAAUUCACAGCAACAGGGUAAUAACAGUAAUAUUUCAGAGACAAAUGAUCAUCAUCAUCAUCAACAUCAUCAUCAACAUCAACAACAUCAUCAACAUCAUCAACAUCAUCAUCAUCAACCAAGCUCUAGCACAAGCCUUGCAUCAAACAUGGCACUGCAAAUUGAGUCUUACUCCACACCCUCAUAUCAAGAAACUUUGGAGCCAUUUCCAUCACAGUUCCCUCCAAUCACUGAUCAAUCAAGUUCCUGCACCAAUCACAACAUCAACACCCACACCAACUAUUGGAACAUAGAGGAUUUGUGGUCUAUGCAAUUGCUCAAUGGAGAUUGAACCUACAUGCAUAUGCAUACAUAAAUCAUAUAUAUAUAUAUAUAUGAUAUAUAUAUCUAUAACUAUAUUUAUAUAUGUAUACCUAAGUUGUUAUUGUGUCAUCAGGCUUAACUAAUAACAUCAUUAGGCAAGUUUAUGUGGUGUUACCAUGCAUUUGAUGUGAGUCGAGGAUUAAGUUACUUAUAUGUGGAUUGAAGUAUAUUUAUAUAUGUAGGAACUUUUAUAUUUAUAUAUAUAAUAUGUGCAUUAUUGUAUGAUUAUCGUAAAUAAUUAUGGUAGGUGUACCAUAUAAGAUGUGUUUGAGGUUUACAAACUUUGAAUAAUAUGGCAAGCUCGUGUUGUAGUAAA